CCACUGACACUGUGUCUCUGAGUUCUUUUCUUUUGUGUAGUCCACAGGAUUUGUUGUAAAAGUCCUUGAAUGUGGACCCUGAAUCUGCAGAAAGGGGAUUUCAGUGCAUAUUAGAGUGGGUUAACAUUCAGGGAUGUGACUGUGGACCUCUCACAGGAGGAAUGGGAAUGUCUGGACUGUGGUCAGAGAACAUUGUACAUGGAUGUGAUGUUGGAGAAUUACCACAAUCUAGCCUUUGUGGCUUUGUAUCUUUGACACCUUGAUGUGAAAUUUCAACAAGAAUUCCAGUCAUUGUUUCUGAGACAGAAACACAGAGAAGAGCAACAAGAAGAAUGAAUGCUUCUGUGAUAAAUGCUCCUCAGAGUCUGUUAUCAUUCAGGGAUGUGGCUGUGGAUCUUUCACAGGAGGAAUGGGAGUAUCUAGACUAUGAUCAGAGGACAUUGUACGUGGAUGUAAUGUUAGAGAAUUACAGCAAUCUAGUCUUUGUGGAGAAUCAUCGCGUAUGUGGUAAAUAUGAGAAAGGCUUGGAUCAAGGCACAAAGCAUAUUGCCCAUGAGGAUGUGAUUAUCCAAGAGAAGUCAUAUAAAUGUAAUGAGCUUGGCAACAUGAUUGAUGAAUCCUCUCAAUGCACAUCUUAUGAAACAAGUGAUACUGCAGAAUAUUGCAACAAGUACAGAUUUGGUAUCCACAGAGAUGCUUCUGUUGAAAUAUACGUAAACAGACAUAAAAGUGAGAACACUGGAGAAGAACCUUGCAAAUAUAAAGAGUCCAUAAACUGUUUAAAUUUGUGUUCUAUCACUAGCCAAAAUCAAGGAAUUCACACAGGGAAGCAACACAAAAACACAGAGUAUGAUACAUCUUUUGACUCCAAAACUAAAAUCAUGCUGAAACGAAUCUAUAGUGGAAAGAAGCCACACCAAUGCAGGAAAUGUGGAAAAUGCUUCAAGAUGGACUCAAGCCUCAGUGGACAUCAGAUUGCUCAUACUGGAGAGAAACCCUAUAAAUGUACAAAGUGUAGUAAAUCCUUUCUGCAUUUGUCCCAACUCAAAGUCCAUUACAAAAUCCAUUGUGGAGAAAAACCCUACAAAUGUACAGAUUAUGCUCAGUGCUUUUCUCAUACACCUGACAUUGAAAGACAUUACAGGAUCCACAGUGGAUCAAAGACUCACAAUUGUAAUGAUUGUGGCAAAUUCUUUAUGAGUGCUUCAUCUCUUAGAACACAUCAGAGAAUCCAUACAGGAGAGAAACCUUACACAUGUAGCAAAUGUGAGAAAUCUUUUUCCAAGAAAGACCAUCUUAGAAAUCAUCAGAGAAUUCAUACAGGAGAGAAACCUUACAAAUGUAGUGAGUGUGACAAAUCCUUUAUCGUGAAAGGCAAUCUUAGAAGUCAUCAGAGAAUCCAUACAGGAGAGAAACCUUAUAAAUGUAGUGAAUGUGACAAAACCUUUUCAGUUUCCUCAAGUCUCAGAACACAUCAAAGAAUCCAUACAGGAGAGAAACCUUACAAAUGUGGUGAAUGUGACAAAUCCUUUAUGAGUGCCUCGUCUCUUAGAACACAUUACAGAAUACAUACAGGAGAGAAACCUUACAAAUGUACCAAAUGUGAGCAAUCUUUUUCCAAGAGAGACUUUCUUAGAACUCAUCAGAGAAUACAUACAGGAGAGAAACCUUACAAAUGUAGUGAAUGUAACAGAUCCUUUACCCUGAAAGGCUAUCUUAAAUCUCAUCAGAGAAUACAUACAGGAGAGAAACCUUACAAAUGUAGUGAAUGUGACAAAUCCUUUAUGUUUGCCUCAUCUUGUCGAACACAUCAGAGAAUACAUACAGGAGAGAAACCUUACAAAUGUAGUGAAUGUGACAAAUCCUUUUCAGUUAUCUCAUAUCUUAGAAAACAUCAGAAAAUACAUACAGGAGAGAAACCGUACCAAUGUAGUGAAUGUCAGAAAUCUUAUUCCAAGAAAGACCAUCUUAGAACUCAUCAGAGAAGUCAUACUGGAGAGAAACCUUACAGAUGUAGUGACUGUGACAAAUCCUUUUCUAAGAAAGACAACCUUAAAACUCAUCAGAGAAUCCAUACAGGAGAGAAACCUUACAAAUGUAGUGAAUGUGACAGAUCCUUUACCCUGAAAGGACAUCUUAAAACUCAUCAGAGAAUACAUACAGGAGAAAAACCUUACAAAUGUAGUGAAUGUGACAAAUCCUUUACCCUAAAAGUCAAUCUUACAAAGCAUCAGAGAAUACAUACAGGAGAGAAACCUUACAAAUGUAGUGAAUGUGACAAAUCUUUUUCCCAAAAAGACACUCUUAGAAGUCAUCAGAGAACACAUACAGGAGAGAAACCUUACAAAUGUAAUGAAUGUGAGAAAUCUUAUUCCAAGAAAGACCAUCUUAGAAGUCAUCAGAGAAUCCAUACAGGAGAGCAACCUUACAAAUACAGUGACUAUGACAAAUCCUUUACCCAGAAAUUCACACUUAGAAUUCAUCAGAGAAUCCAUACAGAAGAAAACCUUACAAAUGUAAUAAAUGUGACAAAUCCUUUUCAAGUGGCUCAGAUCUUAGAAAACAUCAGAAAACCCAUACAGGAGGAAAGGCAAUGCCUAGACCCUGCUCAGCGGGCUUUGUAUAGAGAUUGGAUGAAGAAUUACAGCAGGCUAGUUUCUAGCACAGUACUGUGUUAGAAAUCCAAGUCUUUCUGAAGAAUCUCUUUCUCCUACCCUGAGCUCACUGAUAAGCCAGACUUGCUUACCUGUGAAGCAGAAUAAAGAAUGUGGAGAGAAAGCAUACAUUAGCAAAUGUACCAUGCAUUUUGGAGAGUGUGAGGUAGGAGUGGUGAGAAUUUCAAGUAACAUUGGAAGUGGAAUGGGGACAGGAGUUGGCUCAGCAGAUAAUAGCACUUGCUGUUCUUGAAGAGAACAUGGAUCCAGUUCCCACCACCGCAUAAUGGCUGACAACAUUCAUAACUUCAAUUACAGUAGAAUUGAUGCCUUCUGACUCCAGCCCCAAGCAGACUACGUACUACAUACAUGCUGCCAAACAUUGAUACAUGUAAGCUACAAUAGAAGAUCUAAUACACUUUAUAAAAACAAAAAAUGUGCAAAUAAGAAAUGAGAUUGGUUUUGCCACACUGUGCUUAUCUAGAAAUGAAUCUGGAAUAGUCUACUGUAAAUAUUGUCAAGAUUAUCUUAUUAUAUAUAUUACUUUUUUGCUAGAAUUAAUACUAGGAGAAAAUAUAAUGUAUUUUACUGUGCAUGUAUCUUGUGUUCAUGCAAUUAUAUGAAUUUUAUUAUUUUCAUUCUAGGAUACUGUAAAAUUAGAAAUAUUCCUGUGUCUAACUUUUUUCCCUAAUCUCCUAACUUUGAUUCUUUCUGUGGUUCAUUUAGAUUUUAUUUCUUUUGUUGUCAUUUUUCCCAUGUCCUAAUAUAAUACCAGGACUUAAGAAAUUUUCACUAUUUCUGCAUAGUAUUAACCUUUGUCUAUAUUGUCUUCACACUGAUAUCUCUUGUUGUCUGUCUUCACACCAUAAUGCAAUGCAUUUUAUUGCAAUGAUUUUAAUAUAUUUUGAAUCUUCAUUUAAUCUUCUGAAAGUUUUUGAACUCUUAAAGCUUUCACAAAUUUUGUUAUCUUUUUAGUAUCACUUUGUUCAUUUUGCAGAACUUGCCCAUUUCUCUUGCAACAAAUUGUAAUAUCUUUGGGAAAGGAAAACCACUGAUUCUGUUUCCAUUUUUUUAAUGAGAACAUGCUAGCCAUGAGUCAGUAUAAACAUGCUGUAUAUGUAUUUUUCUGUUGCUGUUUAUAUGCAUGUUGAUCAGUGAGUAAUUUUUUCACUAUUGCAAGAAUGUGCUACAGUUACUCAUAUCUUGCAAAAGCAUAUGUAAGAUAUAGUUGUUUGUUUUUGAAGAAGCUACAUACUAACUUGGAUGGUAAAUGCAGUUAGUUGAAUUUCCACUAAUACUGUGUGUCUGGAUUCCUUCUGUUGUGUUUUCUGCAGGAUUUGUUAUUUUUUAGUACCAUUAGUGUGGACAAUGACUAGACAGAGAUGGAAUCUUGGUGCACAUGAGUUGAAAAUUUUCUUCAUGACUAAUGGUGUCUAGCAUGAAGAUUCCAGAGAGGAGAUAGGUUUGAGGAUGAAUCAGUGGGAAAGACAAAAUAUGUGCAAACUGUAAUUAGUGCUGAUCACUGUCCAGCAGGAACAGGAACCUGAGUGGCAGACCUAGUUGGUCAGCAUCCCUCAUUUCAUUGUUUCUUGCAAAAAGGAAAUCAUGGGUAGUUAUAGAACAAAAGUAGUAACAUUUGAAAGAAGGGAACCUCAAUUGAGAAAAUGCUUCUAUAAGAUCCAGCUGUAAGGUACUUUCUUAAUUAGUGAUUGAUGGAAGAGGGCCCAGCCUAUUGUAGAUGGUUCCAUCCCUGCUCUGGUGGUCCUGGUUUCUAUAAGAAAGCAGGCUAAGCCAACCAGGGGAAGCAAGCCAGUAAGCAGCACCCCUCCAUGGCCUCUGCAUCAGCUCCUACUAGCAGGAUUCUGCCCUGUUUGAGUCCCUGUCCUGACUUUCUUCAAAGUUGAACAGGUUUGUGAAAGUGUAAUCCAAAGAAACCCUUUUCUCCCCAACUUGCCUUUUGUUCAUAGUGUUUCAUCACAAAAAAAAAGUGAAAGAAUUCUCCAUCUGUUCUUGAAAAGCUGAAUAAGUGUGUGGGAUGUUAACUCUUUGGAGCAUCAGAAAACCUGUUAUAAAGAGAGCAGAGGUGUGACCCUGUGAUGCUGGACCUGAUCCUGACUCAAUGAAGAGUUUUUGUAGAGAUAAUGCAGAAGGCAGUUGCAGAAAGUUUCAGGUCUUCUCCUUUCAUGACAUUUCUUUGAGUUGGACUCACUAAAUUUAACUAGAUUUACCUGUCUGAGCUGGGGUUGGAGGUUACUUACUAGAUCUUUAGUAACUCGUGAAUAGCUCCCCCUGUGAAAAAGUGACACCCCUCCACUGUCUACUAUGAACUUCGAGUAGACAUUUGAGGAAGCUCCUUACCACAGGGGUCCUUCUUUCAGCCAUGAUGAAAUGUUGACAGUCCUGGUCUCCUAAAGGAUUGGACAGAUGACCAGAGUGGCAUAGUCAGGUCCAGAAGUGUUUCUGUGCAUACUUGCCCCUACUCUUUGCUCUUCCAUUCCUUCCACUAUGUUUUCUUGGGUAUUCCUUUGACCUGAACCAUUAGGUUGCUGUGGGAUGGUCUGUAUGUCAAGUGUGUUGCUGAUUGGUCAAUAAAUAAAACACUGAUUGUCCAGUAGUCAGGCAGGAGGAAGUAUAGGCGGGACAAGGAGAAUAAAGCUGGGAAGUGGAAGGCUGAGUCAGAGACACUGCCAGCCGCCACGAUGACAAACAGCAUGUGAAGAUGCCAGUAAGCCACGAGCCACAUGGCAAGGUAUAAAUUUAUAGAAAUGGAUUAAUUUAAGCAGUAGGAACAGUUAGCAAGAAGCCUGGUACGGCCAUACAGUUUGUAAGCAAUAUAAGUCUCUGUGUUUACUUGGUUGGGUCUAAGCAGCUGUGGGACUGGCAGGUGAGAGAGAUUUGUCCUGACUGUGGGCCAGGCAAGAAACUAGCUACAUCAGGUCAUUCUUCAGUGACAGGCUCCUGAGCAGGAAGGUCCAAAGGAUCAGAAUAAAGAAGAUAGAAAAAUAUUGGGAUCAAAAUAUUUUGCAAAAGCUGUGUUAAGCAAGGUUAUUAAGAAGUACAGGAUCCUAUAUAGUUUUUCCAAAAUUUAAAAUUGAGACAGUCAGGACAAGCCUAUCAUACAUUGAGAUGAAAUAAAUGGAAAUCCACUGAAUCAGUGUUGCCCAAGGGGGCACAGGAUAUCUCAGCAGCAUCAGAGAAAAGCACACAGCAACCUGAGGGCAGAUAUUCCCAUCACCCUAUGGUGCAAAAAGUUGGGUUUUCCAGGUCAGAAUCCCCAACUCCAGAAGUCCCUGUCAAAAAUAUUCUUUGUUUUAGAGGAGGAACUGUUUGUUUUCUCCAUUAUCAGUGCCUCAAGGAAAGCUUUGGAUUGAUCUAGCAAUCACAAUUCCUUGAUCUUUUGGGUGCAGGAUGAUAUAGAUGUUCUACUUACCACAGGGGAAUAUGGUAUCAUUUAAUAUCUCAGUUUAGUCCAUUUUUCUUUACUUGUGUCUACACACUGCUAUAAGAAGAUUAAUUGAUGAAUCCUGAGCAUUCCACUUUACUUUGAAUGUAAGCAAGUAUUUUCAAGGAAGUUUUUCAUCAGGUUAUUUUGGGAAAACUACAAUAGUGUUUGCCCUCCUCCCCUAUAAUGCCUAUGACCUACCAUACUACAUGUUUCUGACCUGGUUUCAAAACCUGACAUGAAUUCUCUCUCCAAGAGGGAGUCUAAAAUUCAAUAAUAAAAUGUAUUACUGUAAUUGUUUCAUCUCUGUUGCUUUCAUAAAGCACCAUGACCAAGGAAACCUAAAAAGAAAGAGCUUACAUUGGCUAAUGGUUCCAAAGGGCUAAGAUCCCAUCAUGGCAGGGAAGCAUGAUGGCAAGCAGCCAUGUUGGUGGAAUAUUCAGAAAGCUGAGAGAUCACAUUCUGAAGCACAAUUUGUAAUAUGAAUCUUAAAUGGUCUUAUUAAUAGAAAAAACCCUGGGGUUUGGUGAUUUAGCUCAGUGGUAGAAUGCUUGCCUAGCAAGCGCAAGGCCCUGGGUUUGGUCCUCAGCUCUGAAAAAAAAAAGAAAAAGAAAAGACCUGGAGCCAGAUAUUGAGAUGAAAGCUGAAACAUCAGAGAAACAGAACAAGCCAGCCACAAGCUCUUACCUCUAGGAAAUCCUCAGUCUCAAGACAGUGAGUUGUUUUCUCACACAUUUUCUACCUAUUUCUGCUCUGCCAUCUUACUUCCUGGGAUUAAUGGUGUGUGUGCCUCCCAAGCAAAGGCCUGAAAUCUCAAGUGUUGGGAUUAAAGGUGUGUGCCACUAUACCUGGUUCUGUUCCCAGUGUGUCCUUGGACUCACAGAGAUCCAGACAAUCUCUGUCUCCUGAGUCAUAGGAUUAAGAGUGUGGGCCAUCACUGUCUGGCCUCUAUGUCUAAUCUAGUGACUGACUCUGUCCUCUGAUCCCCAGAUAAGUUUUAUUGGGGUACAUAAUAUAUCACAACAAUCAUUAAGUAGAAAGUCCAAAGUAAGCUAGCUCAAGGCCUUUUUUCUCAGAGAUUCUGCCCCAGUGACAUACUUUCUCCAAUGAUUCUCCAACAACUAAUCUGCCCAAAAUAUUUUGACCAGCUUGAGACUUAGAUUUCAAAUACAUGAACCUACAGGGAACAUUGUCAUUCAAACUACAAACCAGCUUCCUAAUAUUCAGACUACCAGGUUACUCUCUUCCUUGAAUGCAUGGAGUUUUCUACAGGGGAAAAAUGAAAAUACAGCUACAAAACUAUGUCAGUGAGAGACAUCAUCCAAAUUGGGCUGUGCCCCUGCUUGACUUUGAACUCAUGCUACUACCCCAUGAUUCAACCAAACUCCAAUGACCCUUAGAACAAUGCCACUCAUAGACAAAUACUACACACCAUUUUGAUGUCCUUGUGUACUGUUGUAUAUAAUAAUUGUACACUUCAAGAAAUGCAGUGAAUUUAAGUUCUUUUUGUUAAAUCCUUUACACAAUUCUAAUAUUGUAGCAUUUCAGGAAAUUCAUCAUGAAAUAAUAAAGCUCAAUAAAAUGUUUUAAUAAACAGUUUAUUUAUCUUAAUUUCAUUUCUGAGUCAUUCUGUACAAAUAACAAGAAACUAUAAAUUUUAAAGACAUAACCUAUGAAUAAGACAGCAUCUGCAUACUCAUUUACAGCAUAGAAAUCCCCAAGAGUCUGCUGGAAGAUCAUCUUGAAGUACUUAAAAAGGAUAGGGAAGUAUUUACUCCAACUCCCAAGUACUAUCUUAGAAUACAAAUACUAAAAAAUUUUAGACCUUAAUUGGGGCAGUGUGUUACAGUAAACAAACCUAUACAUUUAUAUAAAUAUUUCAUGAAUUUCAGUGUAAGAGGAUAGAUGAAGAUGAACUCAUGGUUAGAACAAUCUAGAACAAAUUUUGGCUCUUGUUAUCAAAUGACCACUUGUAUCAAUUGCUGCUGUAUAUCAGGGCUGAUGAACCUGAGACAGGAUACAGUGGAAACUAAAGAUUUCUAGACUGGCCCUUAACAAUAUGGAGACUGCAAGCAGCUAGACCAAUUUGGGGUGCCAAUUUUAGGUGUUUUGUGAAUUGAGGCCCCUCUGCUUGAUGACCUUUAGAUCAUUAUCUUAAUUCACACAACUUCCAGUGACAUGGUAAAUUUGUAAACUGAUGAAGAAUGAAAAGACAUCUCAUUUCACCCCAAAACUGUUAUUUCCAUUCUGUAACCAUUUAUUGUUGUGGAAUAUUAAUUUAACUGAGCAAAGAUAUAUAACAUUUAUUUGUGCUGUAGAAUAUUACUUUAACUGUUUAAAGGUGUGUUACAUUUGUUUAUGCUGCAUUUGUUUAAUGAUAUAAGAAUAUAUGUUAAAUUAUGAAAAGAAUGUGUUGUAUUUGUUUUACCUUGCCUGCCUAAGGCACCUGAUUGAUCUAAUAAAAAGCUGAAUGGCCAGUAGGUAGGCAGGAGAAAAGGUAGGCAGUUCUGGCAGGCAGAGAGAAUAAAUAGGAGAAAUACAGGCUUUGGAGAGGAACAAGAGGAGGAGCAGGAAAGAGCAAGGAAGAUGCCUGGAUUCAGAAGCCAGGUAACUGCCAGACAGGCACAAGAAGCAGUGAAAGUAAAAUAUACAGAAGGAAAGAGAAGUAAGAAGUCUGAGGCAAAAGGUACAUACAAGAAACAGGUUAAGUUAAAAGAGCUAGCCAGAAAUGAGCCUUAGCUAGGCCUAGCAUUCAAAGCUAAUAAUAAGUCUCCAUGUCAUGACUUGGGAACUGGCUGGUGGCCUUAAAUAAAAAAUCCAUGUACAUUUGGCAUUCCAAGCUGAGGCCUGAAUUUUGACAUAGGGCCUAAGAAAGCUAAGAAGAAAAAAAAAAGGAUAUGGCUCCUUAAGAGGCUUUGCUCUACUGGUAUGCUAAAUAGAAACAAAAAGCUAAAUAAAAAUGCCAGCCACAGCACAGGCACUAGCAUCACAGAGGUGGGGGAGGUUGAAUGUAGUUCCCAGUCACACACCUCCCAACUAGUCUGUGAACUUAAGGCUUAGUUCUUUUAGACCCAAGUAGCAGGCAAACCAGCUACCAAAAUCAUGAUUGGAUGACCCAGCAGUAGCUUAGCAGUUUAAACUUUUGCUCGUGGAGACAGAAAAUGAUAGAGAUAUGCAGUAAAAACCGGUUCAGUUUGGAAAAAAAAUUCUAAACAGGUUCCAGUGUGUUUAAAAAAUGUGCAUAGGCUUAAGAAAGAAAAAAUGGUAUAGACACUCACAGAAAAAGUAAAUAGUUUAUAAAUAAUAAAAAAAGAAUAAGCCACAUACAGAUGGGAAAUACACAGGGAAUCUGUAUCUUGUGUGGUGUUGUAUUGACUUUAAAUUUUUGAAUGCAAUGAGCAAACAACAGCUGCGCAGAGACAUGGGGCUGUAGCAGGGACUGAUGAAAUAAACCAUCUUAGAUACUUAGGAAUGCGUUAAGUUUAAAAUGGAAGUCAGAAAAUGUUUUGCUUUGGGAAAGAGGUUAUGGAAACAAAAGACUAUGGAUCCAUUCAAGGUUGUAGAGAUCAGGUUUGAUCAGGAAAGACACGCUGAAAAUCCUGGCUACAGAUAUAAAGAAAUAAACCUCGAAAAACUGCAAGACAGGUGACAUAUUUUACCUGAUCAAACAUAAAACAAUAAAUCAUCUUUGGCAGGCUUGUGCACAUUGCACAGUCAAUACUUGUGUUAAUGCAGAUGUGUAUGAUACUUUUGAAAGGUUGUAUGUUUUCAGAGCCAGGGGACUAGACACCAAUGAAAAUGGAUGGCCCAGGUGAUCCAGCCUUUCAGAGUGCCCCUGUUGCAGUUUCCUCAAAGUUCUACAUCCAUAACAGCUUCAAGAAUACUAACUGAGAUGGUCCAGACUCACAGACUAGUCUAGCCAGGACUGCAGAUAAUCAUUGUGCUUUCCCAUUGCACAGAGACUGGACAAAAAAAGUUAUAGCUAGUUUUCCCAGGACUUGACAAUUAUCUCAAUUUUCUCAGACUACCUAAAGAUGCCUUUGUCCUCAAACAGCAGGAAGCAGUCUAGAAAACACAAUGCCCAAAUUUCCAAGAGGUAGGGUGGAUGGUUUUUGCUUAUUUGAUGAGUUAUGGACAUUUGUCAUCAUUUAGGAGGAGUCUAGGAAUACAGGAUAAAAAGACAAUUAUUAGCCUCAAUUAUUUUAUAUUGGUAUGGAUUUUGGCAUAUUGAUAAAAAAUUAAAGUUAUUUUUGUUAUACAA